AUGCCUUCUUAUUCUAGUUUCAAGAUUGGUACUGAAAAGGUGGAUCUUCAAAAUGACUUCAGAGUUUGGCCAUGCAUUUUAAAAGAACCAUCUGUUUGUUUAUCAAAUACAUCUAUGGUGUUUGGUGAUGUUCCUCCUCUACCUACAUGUACGGAAUCAUAUGCCUUCCAGGUGGCUGGUCAUUCUCGAGAAAAUGCAAGUAGUUUUGAAAUACUUCGAGAUAAAUCUAAACCAAUUAUAUACAAGUCAUUACAAGAUCGUGAAAGAGGUAUGCGUGAAGUGAUGUUUUAUCAGAGUGUGUUUUCACCGGAUGCUUCGGAAGCACUUAAACGUCUUCGUCAAUUUAUUCCAACUUAUUAUGGAGUUUUUCAAUGCCCAGAAACUAAAGCCUACUAUAUGGCUUUAACUGAUCUGGUGGCCGAUUUCAAACAGCCAAAUAUAUGUGAUUUCAAAAUGGGUACGGUCACUUAUUUUCCAGGUUCUUCACAAGAUAAAAUCUCUCGUGAAGAACUUAAAUACAUAUGGCGUCGUAAACUAGGGUUUGUUUUAUCUGGUAUGCAGAUAUCUGAUACAAAAAAUCAUUGUUUAAUUAAGUUUCCUAAAGCAUUUGGACGUACUUUAACUCCAGAACAAGUUUAUUCUAUUGGUGUAAAACCAUUUCUAGGUACAGAUCCUACCUAUAGUGUUAAACUUGCUCAAAAUUAUAUCAUACAACUUGGUCGUAUUUUAAAUUGGUAUAUAGAAUAUGGUGCAAAAGAGCUUACAUUCUGUCGUUCUUCAAUUUUAUUAAUUCACGAGUCAUUACCAAAUACUACUAAUAAUAAUGAAUAUUAUCCUUCCAAAUCAUGUUUUGCAUCAUCAUCAGCACUCACUACUACCAUCAUUAACAAUAACACACAUCAUACUUCAUGUAUUACAAGAAAUCCAAUAUUGAAUAAUCAAUUAGUCAAUAACUCACCUAAUUUUCCUUUUAUUCAUAAAACCAAUACUGGUAACGGGAAUAACGGUAAUAGUAGUUGUCAUGCUACUACUACUACUACUACUACUCCUACAACCGUACAUGCUCAAGUUUAUUUAAUUGAUUUUGCCCAUUGGUCUGAAAAACAUUAUUCUCCUUUAUUUAAUAAUAAUAUUGAACAUAAUAAAAAUUAUUGGACAUGUGAAUUAACUAAUGGUUUUCGGUAUGGAUUAGAAAAUUUAAUCAAAUUAAUGCAUUAUAUUAUAUCUGAUACAAAAAAUCAUUGUUUAAUUAAGUUUCCUAAAGCAUUUGGACGUACUUUAACUCCAGAACAAGUUUAUUCUAUUGGUGUAAAACCAUUUCUAGGUACAGAUCCUACCUAUAGUGUUAAACUUGCUCAAAAUUAUAUCAUACAACUUGGUCGUAUUUUAAAUUGGUAUAUAGAAUAUGGUGCAAAAGAGCUUACAUUCUGUCGUUCUUCAAUUUUAUUAAUUCACGAGUCAUUACCAAAUACUACUAAUAAUAAUGAAUAUUAUCCUUCCAAAUCAUGUUUUGCAUCAUCAUCAGCACUCACUACUACCAUCAUUAACAAUAACACACAUCAUACUUCAUGUAUUACAAGAAAUCCAAUAUUGAAUAAUCAAUUAGUCAAUAACUCACCUAAUUUUCCUUUUAUUCAUAAAACCAAUACUGGUAACGGGAAUAACGGUAAUAGUAGUUGUCAUGCUACUACUACUACUCCUACAACCGUACAUGCUCAAGUUUAUUUAAUUGAUUUUGCCCAUUGGUCUGAAAAACAUUAUUCUCCUUUAUUUAAUAAUAAUAUUGAACAUAAUAAAAAUUAUUGGACAUGUGAAUUAACUAAUGGUUUUCGGUAUGGAUUAGAAAAUUUAAUCAAAUUAAUGCAUUAUAUUAUAUCUGAUACAAAAAAUCAUUGUUUAAUUAAGUUUCCUAAAGCAUUUGGACGUACUUUAACUCCAGAACAAGUUUAUUCUAUUGGUGUAAAACCAUUUCUAGGUACAGAUCCUACCUAUAGUGUUAAACUUGCUCAAAAUUAUAUCAUACAACUUGGUCGUAUUUUAAAUUGGUAUAUAGAAUAUGGUGCAAAAGAGCUUACAUUCUGUCGUUCUUCAAUUUUAUUAAUUCACGAGUCAUUACCAAAUACUACUAAUAAUAAUGAAUAUUAUCCUUCCAAAUCAUGUUUUGCAUCAUCAUCAGCACUCACUACUACCAUCAUUAACAAUAACACACAUCAUACUUCAUGUAUUACAAGAAAUCCAAUAUUGAAUAAUCAAUUAGUCAAUAACUCACCUAAUUUUCCUUUUAUUCAUAAAACCAAUACUGGUAACGGGAAUAACGGUAAUAGUAGUUGUCAUGCUACUACUACUACUCCUACAACCGUACAUGCUCAAGUUUAUUUAAUUGAUUUUGCCCAUUGGUCUGAAAAACAUUAUUCUCCUUUAUUUAAUAAUAAUAUUGAACAUAAUAAAAAUUAUUGGACAUGUGAAUUAACUAAUGGUUUUCGGCAUGGAUUAGAAAAUCUAAUCAAAUUAAUGCAUUAUAUUGUGAAUAAUAAAAGUGCAAUUUGUAUAAAUUCAUAA